AUUCAAAAAAUAAAAAAGAACACACUCACUAGAGAGGAAGCAAGCAAAAGGCUAGAAUUUGGUUUAAAAAUAAAUAAAUAAAAUUUGCUUUUAUACUUCGUUGAAUCCACUGGUUUAAUCGUCCCAGGAAAUUCCCGGUAUCUCAAAAUUCCACCUUUCUUCUUCUUCUUCUUCUUCUUCUCUUACGAUUUUCAACGACGUUGGAUUAGGACAAACUCUUUUACUACGGAAAGUAGACAAUGCAAAAAAAAAAAAAAAGACCUUUUUGAUGAGGACCAGGAAAUUUCUAUCCAUCCCAGGAAGAAACCUGAGCCACCAACCAAUGUACAUCUCGUAUAACAACAACCAACUCGGUUCUCUAGCUGUCUUCUUUCUUUCUUUCUUCACCUACAGUAAUUCCUUACAAUGUCAAUUCUUUGUCAUCACUUCAAUCUUCUCCUCCGACCUCCUAUUCCUUCUUCGGUUUCAACGGCCCGGAACAGCACGAAAAAGCCUCUGAGCUUCAGCUGUAGGGCUUCGAACAACGAUGAUCCACAAGGAGAUUAUCUGAUAGAUGCUCCUGUUUCUGCUGGCGAUGGAUUCUCUUUCAGUGGAGGAAAAUAUUCGGAUGGACCAAGCCCUUCUGAUGAAUGGUUCAAGCAAGGGAAGAUAGUGAAAGCUCAUCCGGUUGGUGGGUCCGGUGGGAAGGCAAAAGAUCCAAUUUUUGGGCUCACAAUGGGUGCCGCUUCUCAGGCGCCUCCUGAUUUUUUCAGAUGGUUCUGCGUCGAGUCUGGAAGCGCUGAUAAUCCGUCAGUUGUACUAGUUCAUGGUUUCCCUUCACAGGCAUACUCUUAUCGCAAAGUUCUUCCCGUACUUUCUAAAAACUUCCGUGCAAUUGCUUUUGAUUGGCUAGGCUUCGGAUUUUCGGAUAAGCCGCAACCUGGAUAUGGUUUUGACUACACCCUGGAUGAGUAUGUGUCAUCUUUCGAGUCUUUAAUUAAUGACGUUACCGACAAUAAGGUGACCCUUGUUGUUCAGGGAUACUUUGCACCUGUAGUUGUCAAAUACGCUAGCACUCAUCAGGAUAAGAUUAAUGACAUAAUACUCCUAAAUCCUCCUCUAACAGCAAAGCAUUCCAACCUUCCAUCAGCCUUGUCCAUAUUCAGCAACUUCUUAUUAGGCGAAAUAUUUUCUCAGGAUCCCAUAAGAGCUAGUGACAAAGCCUUGACGAGCUGCGGUCCUUACAGAAUCAAAGAAGAUGAUUUAAUGGUUUAUAGAAGACCUUACCUUACAUCUGGUUCCUCAGGGUUUGCGUUGAAUGCAAUUAGUCGGUCUAUGAAGAAGGAAUUGAAGAACUACGUGGAAGAAACGACGGCGAUACUACUUGACAAGAGCUGGAAAGUAAAGACUACAGUUUGCUGGGGACAGAGAGAUCGUUGGUUGACCUUCGAUGGAGUUGAAAAUUUCUGCAAAAAUUCAAAGCAAGAGCUUAUCCAGAUUCCUAAUGCAGGGCACCACGUACAGGAAGACUGCGGUGAGGAACUCGGGCAGAUCAUUUCCGGGAUUAUUAGAAAAAGGAGCUUUUUGUGAUUUUUCUUCCAUUUUUUA